GUUUCUUUUCUAGAUGCAAGCAGAUUUAUCAGGCUCCUCCGUCAACAAAACCAUCAGUCCAAGAAACAGAGAAACAAAGACAUCAUAAAAUAUAAGUGUCAAACUCUGAAAGUAAGCCUAACAUAUUCAUACUUACAUGAAUUUCCAAAUCUCCUGUGAGACUGAAGAAGAAAGAUUGGCCCAAUUCUCUAUGGAAACUAAGGGAUGCAUCAGUUGAUCCUGGUGGGUUGUCAGCGUCUAGUGACAAUGAACAUACAGAAUCCUGCUCGGAUGAACACAAGGAAUCUUGCUCAGUAACUUUGGCUGGUCAGUUUAGCUAACUGUCAGGAGCCUGAAUUGCCACAUCCACAUAUUGAUUUGGGGAGAACUUCCCUUUGCCCACCCUUUAAAAGAACUGAUGAAUUGACAAGAACAUUAGAAACAAAAGGGAAAUUGAAAGAAAAGAAGAAAAAGAAAGAAAGAAAUCUCAGUAAAACAGAAUUUGAAGUUGACAAACAACUACGUGGAAAGCCUUGCUUUCCUGGGUACCUUCUAAGAACAUACGUAAAUCACCACCACAAAAAGAAGCAAUGAACAGCACAUGUGUUGAGGAACAACAUGAACUGGAUCACUACUUGUUCCCAAUUGUUUACACAUUCGUGAUUAUAAUUGGCAUUCCAGCCAAUAUUGGGUCUCUCUGUGUGUCUUUCCUGCAGGCAAAGAAGGAAAACGAACUAGGAAUUUACCUCUUCAGUUUAUCCCUAUCAGAUUUACUCUAUGCAUUAACUCUGCCUCUGUGGGUUGAUUAUACUUGGAAUAAAGACAACUGGACUUUCUCCGCUGGCCUGUGCAAAGGCAGUGCCUUUCUGAUGUACUUGAACUUUUACAGCAGCACAGCUUUCCUCACCUGCAUUGCCGUCGAUCGCUACUUAGCAGUCGUCUAUCCUCUGAAGUUUACUUUUCUAAGGACAAGAAGAUUUGCCUUCAUGGUCAGCCUGUCUGUCUGGAUAUUAGAAUCCAUCUUUAAUGCAGUCAUUUUGUGGAAUGAUGAGACAACCAUUGAAUAUUGUGAUGCCAAGAAGUCUAACUUCACUCUGUGUUAUGACAAAUAUCCAUUGGAGAAGUGGCAAAUCAACCUCAACCUGUUCAGGACAUGCAUAGGGUACAUAAUACCUUUGGCUACCAUCAUGGUUUGCAACCAGAAAGUCUACCAAGCUGUGCGGCAUAAUCAAGCCACAGAGAACAGUGAAAAAGUGAGAAUCAUAAAACUGCUCAUUAGCAUCACAUUGACUUUUGUCCUAUGCUUUACUCCCUUUCAUGUGAUGGUGCUGAUUCGAUGCAUUUUGGAGCGGGAGGUGAAUUUUGAUAACCACAAGUCAGGAAAGCAGACCUUUACAAUGUACCGAAUCACUGUAGCAUUAACUAGUUUAAACUGUGUUGCGGAUCCAAUCCUAUAUUGUUUUGUCACGGAAACAGGAAGAUCGGAUAUGUGGAAUAUCUUAAAGUCCUGUGCUUGUAGACACAGUAGAUUACAAAGACAACGGAAACACAUGCUUUCUACAUCUACAAGAGAUACUAUGGAAUUAGAGGUUCUAGAAUAGAGUAAAGGAUUUCUGGAGGGUGGGAGAGAUUAAGGUGCAUGGUGUGAUAUAAUCAAAAUCCCAUUUUGAAAAUGAUUAGGUGUUCUGAGCCAAUGUUUCAAUCUUGCUCGAUGGAACUAUUUGUAAAGUAUAUUGUACAAUUACUUCCUUGACUUAUUAAAUGAGGUAUAUU